AUGGGCUCUGGGUUCUCAUCGUCGGCGUCCGAGAGGAUUCUGAAGUGGAAGACGAAAGUAGAUCGGGCGACAAAAUGUGCUGAACUUUACAGGAGCAUAAGUUGCCAGAGGGAACCCAAAUUGACGCCCUCACAUAUGUCUCUCAUGGAUUUCCCGACGGCUAGAGGGUUGCUUCUGGAGAAGGGUGUAACGAACAGGACUUGA